GCGCGCAACUAUCCAACGGGAGAUUUGAGAUCAGAAUACACGAAGGAAGAACGAAGUGAAGAGAUUGUUGGUGCGCGACGGGUGAAAGUGAUGGAGCGCUCGCAGUCUUCGAGUAACGCGACGCAGAGGGGCGAGACGAUUGCAGACGACAGCAUCAAGAGGGAAGAGACACAACACGACGAUACGAAUGGAACGAGUCGGGAUGAACCGGCCACCCCGAAAAGUGCGAAGAAACCGUCUUUCUUCGCGACAUUAUGGAAGAAAAUUGAUCUCGACUUACCAACCGCCCUUAUGAUGAUGAAGGCUGGUCUUCCUCCGACAAUUUCUAUUGCAAUGUUCCAAAGCGCUGCGGUGGCCAAUCACUACACGACAUUGGGCUACCUCAUAGCCAUUGUCAGUAUCAUCGGCUUCUGCAUCAUGCCCCGAGCCAAGUUCAUUCAAACAAUGAGCAUGAAUAUUCUGUCUUGCUGUAUAGGUGCUGCCGUCUGCAUGCUGAUGCUCUGGUCUGGUCUCAAAGCUCGUGAGCAUACGACGUCACCAGAUGCACCCCCAAAACGAUACAACUCUUCUCAAUCUACGGUGUUGGGUGUAUGGCUAUUCUUUCAGAUCUGGUUCGUUAACACCGUGAAGGCAAAAUAUGUCCAGCUUGCGUUCCCUACUUUGUUGUACUCGAUCUUCGUGAAUGUGGCGGCUACUUUUGGGACGCAGUUUCAGACGUACGCUCAGGUUGCUGGUUUCGUCCGGAAGUUGCUUGAGAGCUUUUUGACUGGAUUUGCCAUCACGACGGGCGUCUCGCUUUUCAUCAUUCCUGUGAGUUGCAGGAAAGUAGUGACCAAAGAGAUGACGGGCUACAUCGGCAUACUCAGAGGAGCGCUCAAGGCCCACAAAGGCUAUUUCCAGAGCAUGGAGACGAAGGAUAUGUUUCGAAACACGACAUGGACACCGGAACCUGGCCACAGCAAACUCAAGAAACCGAAAAUGAAGCCUGAAGUGGAAGCGGUGAAGAAAGCAAUGACCGCUAUUGUCACGAUACAUGGGAAACUAAGUGGCGAUUUGCCGUUUGCGAAACGAGAAUUUGCGUACGGCAAGCUGACGCCCGAUGAUUACGAAGGAAUUUUCAAGCACAUGCGCGCUAUUAUGAUGCCUAUGACUGGACUUGGUUCGCUUAUCGAUCUUUUCGAACGUAUCGCCGAUAUUUAUCACUGGGAUCAAGAUGAGGAAGACACCGAGUUGAAGGAGAAAGUUGUGGGCGAAUGGAACGAACUCAUGAGCUUCGUUCACGAGCCAUUCGCUCACGCCAUCGAUACCAUGGACCAAGGACUCGAACAUGUAGCUUUACGUCUCGCUUUUGUCAACCCACCCAAGAAACAGAAGAAGAAGAAGGGGAAUGACGCAGACGACACUGAAGCCAAGGGCGACCUAGUCAAGCCAGGCGAUAAACAUUUCAGUCAAUACAUGAAACAACAAACCGAAGAGUUUUACAGAGGCAAGGAAAAGACUCUGAGUCACUGGCUGGAAAGAAAAGGCAUAAAGGUCCGGGAGGACUUUUUCACCCAAAUAAACGAGGCUCCCGACUUCAAUGCGACUUUUGGCUCUGCGAAAAGCCGAUAUCAACGCCAACUGUACUUGGUGUUGUACGUCAUCUUUCUGUUGCAUUCCACGAGCCUCGCUAUCCUUGCCCUUGUCGAAUUCGCCGACGAGAAAGAUCAAGCUAUCAUGAAGAAACAACUCAUUACACCAGGGAAGCGUCGGUUACGAAAAUGGGUCGGCACGAUAUUUAGUGUUGGGCAAGAUCGUAUUCACGACGAUGAAACGACAGCAGCAGGUUUGGAUCACAAUAACAGCGUGGUCUACAUGGGCGAGGCCUUCAGCCAUCAAAAAGAUCCUGAACAUCUACCUCCCGCCAAUGCCUUCGAGAAAUUUGGUAACAUGCUCCGCGGCGCCACUGGGUUCUUGAAAAGUUCCGAGUCGUCGUUUGGGUUCAGAGUUGCUUGCGCGACCAUGUCAAUAGCCAUCGUUGCUUACCUUGAAUCCACUCAAAUAUGGUUCAUCCGACAACGAGUUGUUUGGGCUAUGAUCAUGGUUGCGCUCAGCAUGGUUCCUACGUCUGGCCAAUCCGUCUUUUCAUUCAUGCUGCGCAUAGCAGGAACAGUAGCAGCUAUGCUAGUUAGCUUCUUGAUCUGGUACAUUCCCGCACAGAAAACAGCCGGCAUAAUCGUCUUCCUCUGGGUCUUCGUCAGUCUAGGAUUCUACGUUCCCCUAAAGCGCAUCGACCUCGUCGUCAUGGGUCUCAUCAGCAUCGUCACGGCCACCAUGAUCAUAGGCUACGAGCUGCAAGUCCGGCAGCUCGGUGAAGCCGCCGCAACUGCAAACGGCCAACCCUUCUACGCUAUCGACAUCCUCGCGCCGUACCGCCUCGCAUGCGUAGUAGCAGGUCUCGGCGUUGCGUUCUUCUGGACCUUCUUUCCCUUUCCUAUCACUGAGCAUUCCGCGCUCCGCCAGCGUCUGGGAGGCGCACUCUACCUCUCCGCAAACUUCUACAGCAUCAUGCACGAGACGGUAAUGGCGCGGAUCCGCGGGGACGAGGGCGACAUGACCGAUAAGCAGUGUCCUGGAUACAAGCUCGCAAAAGCGCGGAACAAGGUAUUUGCGAAGCAAAUGCUGACGCUGCAGGGUCUACGCAUGCAUUCGGAGAUGGUGAAGUGGGAGUUCCCUCUUGGGGGUAAAUUUCCGAAGAAGGAAUACGACGAGAUCAUUGAGCUUGUCACGAACAUAACAAACUACACGGCACUCUUGGGCUACGCAUCCGCGACCUUCACAGACCCAAGCCUAACCGGUGUCGACAACGACCCGUCAACCAUAACCUGGUUCCACGACUUCCGUCGCAUAAUCCUCUCCUCGAACAUCACUUCCCACGAAAUAACCUCGCUCCUCUCGCUCCUCUCCUCCUCCAUCACAAACGGCCAAUCUCUCCCGCCCUACCUAACCCCACCGCGCAGAUUCCAGCUCACGCAGCGUCUGGAAGCGCUCGAUCGCGAUAUCUUGAGUCUGAAACAUAUCGCGGAGCCUGGGUAUGCGGCUUUCGCGGUACUGCAGAUCGGGACUCGAUGCGUGGGAAUGGAUGUUGAGAAGUUGUUGAAGGCCGUCAAAAAGUUAGUCGGGGAACUCGAUUUCUCGUUCCACGUCGUGAGUACACGGAACGAUUCGUCUUCGUCGUCAUCCAGUAACAGCGUUACUGAGACGCUUGGGAAAGAGAGGCUUGAUUGAAACUAUCAACUUCAUCUAGAACUAUCUUAUAUUCUUUGCAUGUUAUUCUUUUUUCUUGCUUUCCCGCGUUUUCUAAAAUGUAUAUAUCUUCUAUUCGCAGGAACAAACAAAGUUGGGUUUUAGUAUUCGUAAUUGGCGUUGAUUUGAACUUGCUAUACGUUAGGGCGCUUAGGUUCACUCGUACUGUCUGAUAUUGUAUAGUCACUGUACAUUGUUAUCUAUCGAUCUAUAUACACUAUUCUAAACUAGCUAAUGGUAUUUAUGUACAUGAUGAUGAUCGUUUGAUGGUCAGGUGGAUUGUGAUGGCU